ACAUACCGUAUGUCCAAUCACAUCCAUUUUUUUUCUUGCGUGUCCUUUGAGGUUUCCUGGCAGCUUUUCGCGCUAUUUAUGCAGGACUCUCCCAGUGGGUGUCACAUACACACAGAGGUCUGGAACUGCAGGCAGCUCACUGCUGCUGCUUCCUGUAUUGAGGCACCAGCCCUCAGAAGACCUGUACGUUUCACGCCUCGAGUUUAAACACCGAGGUGGACACCGUAGAAGAGUCCCGGUAUUUCUGCACCCUGUGGCGGCUGCGCUGACCCUCAGAGAGGAGAGGACUGCUGUUUUAACGGCUCAGAAACUCAAAGCACGAUUCUCACCCGGCGCUAGCUAGUUCGCAGCUAGCUGGCUAAUGGCUAAUAGCAGCAGGUAGAUAACGGACAAGAAACCGGAUAAAACCAGCCUGUCACAUAUUUUUAUUUUUUUAGAAUAGCUCGAAAACCAUCUGACAUUUGAAGCGCUUAUCGGUAUGACACGGUUUAUUAAUUCUGCUAAUUGACAUGUUCCCAAAAGUUCAUUAACCCUGCUAACGUUAACUAGCCAAGUCGUUAGCCACUUGGAGCGGAUCCUGUUGCUCUUUUUUUUUUUACAGGUUUUUGUUUAAGGGCAAGUUUAGAUUAGCAGCACCUAGCCUCGUCGCACAAAAGGGUUAAUAUUUAGGACGUCGUUUAGUUUAGUUAAUAUUGAAAUGGCUCCCAAAAGAAGACCAGUUCCUCUGAACAUUACGCCCAUUGGGGAGGGUCAGGCCACCUCAAACACCAUCGAUGCUGCAUCUGAAGCCAACCUUGAGGCCUUACAGAAGAAACUGGGUGAGCUGGACCUGGAUGAACAACAGAGAAAACGUCUGGAAGCCUUCCUUACCCAGAAAGCUCAGGUUGGCGAGCUGAAGGAUGAAGAUUUCGACCCAAUAUGCGAGUUGGGAGCUGGAAACGGUGGAGUGGUCAACAAAGUCCGGCACAAACCUUCGGGUUUGGUCAUGGCUCGAAAGUUAAUACACCUGGAGAUCAAACCUGCCAUCAGGAACCAGAUCAUCCGAGAGCUGCAAGUGCUGCACGAGUGCAACUCUCCCUACAUCGUGGGCUUCUAUGGAGCUUUUUACAGUGAUGGAGAGAUCAGUAUCUGUAUGGAGCACAUGGAUGGUGGCUCACUUGACCAGGUUCUGAAGGAAGCCAGAAGAAUCCCUGAAGAAAUCCUGGGAAAAGUUAGCAUAGCUGUGUUAAGAGGAUUAGCCUAUCUGCGAGAGAAGCACCAGAUCAUGCAUAGAGAUGUGAAACCCUCCAACAUCCUGGUCAACUCCCGUGGGGAGAUCAAGCUGUGUGACUUUGGCGUGAGCGGCCAGCUCAUAGAUUCCAUGGCCAACUCCUUUGUUGGAACACGCUCCUACAUGUCGCCGGAGAGACUGCAGGGCACCCACUAUUCAGUUCAGUCUGACGUGUGGAGCAUGGGCCUGUCCCUGGUGGAGCUGGCGAUCGGCCGCUACCCCAUCCCCCCACCAGACGCCAGGGAGCUGGAGGCCAUUUUUGGACGUGCCAUCAUGGACGGGGCAGAGGGAGAACCUCACACCAACAUGGCUAGACCCAGACCACCGGGCAGGCCUGUGAGCGGACAUGGGAUGGACAGUAGACCUGCCAUGGCUAUCUUUGAACUUUUGGACUACAUCGUGAAUGAGCCCCCUCCUAAACUCCCACAUGGUGUCUUCACCAGUGACUUCCAGGACUUUGUGACAAAAUGCCUGAUUAAAAACCCAGCAGAAAGGGCAGACCUGAAGAUGCUGAUGAAUCACACAUUUAUCAAGCGAUCGGAAGUGGAGGAAGUGGACUUUGCCGGCUGGUUGUGCAAAACCAUGAACCUUCACCAGCCUAGUACUCCUACUCGCACCACUGAGUGAUUUGGCCCCUCACCCACCACCACCCAAAA